AUGUCUAACAACAAUUCAUUGCCUUGUAUUCAAAAGUUAAAUCAAUUAAAUGAAUCAGCAUGGCUUGCGAUGGGUGCUGCUGCCGAAUUGUUGCAAGAAUAUGAUAGAGCAAUGAGUGCGUAUGAAUCAGCCUUGCGACAUAAUGCUUAUUCUAUUACUGCUUUACAGGGUAUUGCCUCACUUUGUCGGGGAAGAGAACAGUUUCCAAGGGCUAUUGAGUAUUUUCAAAGAAUUUUAAAUAUUGAUGCAAGGAAUGGUGAUAUUUGGGGAUCUUUAGGUCACUGCUAUUUGAUGAUGGAUGAGUUACAAAAGGCAUAUGGUGCAUAUCAACAAGCAUUGUAUCAUUUACCCAAUCCUAAGGAACCUAAACUCUGGUAUGGGAUAGGAAUACUUUAUGACCGUUAUGGUUCACUUGAUCACGCCGAAGAAGCUUUUUCUCAAGUCAUAAGAAUGGAUUCUAAAUUUGAAAAAGCAAACGAAAUCUAUUUUAGAUUGGGGAUCAUUUAUAAACAACAACUAAAAUACGAACAAAGUUUAGAAUGUUUCAAAUAUAUUUUAAAUAAUCCGCCAAGACCUUUGACAGAAGUUGAUAUUUGGUUUCAAAUCGGACAUGUGUAUGAACAACAAAAAAACUUUACUACUGCCAAAGAAGCUUACGAACGCGUUCUAAUAGAUAAUCCUACCCACGCAAAAGUAUUACAACAACUUGGUUGGCUACAUCAUCAACAAAGUCCUUUCAGGGACCAAGAUAUGGCAAUCACUUAUUUAACUAGAUCUUUAGAGUCAGAUGGCAAUGAUGCACAAGCUUGGUAUUUCCUUGGACGUUGCUACAUGGCUCAACAAAAAUACGGCAGAGCGUACGAGGCUUACCAACAAGCAGUUUUUCGUGAUGGAAGAAAUCCAACAUUUUGGUGUUCUAUUGGUGUUUUAUACUAUCAAAUAAAUCAAUAUCGUGACGCGUUGGAUGCUUAUAGUCGAGCAAUUCGUUUAAAUCCAUACAUUAGUGAAGUAUGGUACGAUCUUGGCACAUUAUACGAAUCGUGCAACAAUCAAGUAAAUGAUGCGUUGGAUGCAUAUCAGCGAGCUGCUGAAUUAGAUCCAACAAACCCUCAUAUAAAACAAAGAUUACAGAUGCUUAGAAAUCAACAAACUCAAGGUGGCCAAACAACUGCGCCGAUUCCUCAGGAUAUAAACCCUCAGGCUUUUCAACAACAAACAAAUUUUAAUUCAAUGUUUGGAAAUAAUCCCGGACCAUUAUUAGGUUCUAGCUCCUCAUCUUCAACUUUAAUAUCUAAUACACCACCACCUUUAGCCCUUUCACCAACACCAACUCAACCCACUCCUUCGUUAAUACCUCCAAUAUCAACUCAUCAUAUUCGUGACUCAACAAGAUCUAAUUCUCCACCACCACCACAAUUGCCGCCUCCAAUACAAGGACCAUCAUCUCCUUCAUUGGUAUCUAUAUCUCCGCCUCCACAUCCCCCACAAUCUCAACAACAACAACAAAAUUUGCCACCUCCUACUACUGCUUCCAAUACUACUUCUUCAAUGGGAUCUUCGUCUCCUCAUAUACGUGAACCAAACAGAUCAAAUUCACCAAGCCCUUCACCAACUCAACCAUCACAACAAAGCUCUUCUUCUAUAUCUAGUUCUCCACCCCCACCUUCAUCACUUUCACAAUUACCACCUCCGUCUACACAACGUUCAUCCCCUCCUCCAUUAGUGUCUCCAUCAUCGCAACAACAUCAUCACCAUGUUAAUGAAUCAAAUAGGGCUAAUUCUCCUCCACCUCCACCCAGCAAUACUUCUACUAAUAGUAAUCAGCAUUCUCUUAAUAGUAUUAUGUCACCGCAUGACUAA